CACGCUUGGCGUGUUUCUCUGUGAGAGAAGCCGAGUUUUGUUUACAGCGGUGAUUCUACAGAGCGGAGACCGUCAGAAGAGUCGCGGAGGACUCCGACUUGAGAAUCAAACAUUAGCCUCACAAGCUAUUUAUAUCAAACAGUUCUUGAUUUUUUACAGUGCGGAAAACCAAAACCUACGCUCGGGAGCUGCUCGCUCGUGUACCUCGACGGAAUGAUUUUUUUUUCCAACCGCAAAACAGACCGACCAUGAGAGCGCGUGAAGACGGCAGGGGAGGGUGAGCAGUUGGUGAAACCAUUUUUGUCCUGGCGGAUAUUUUGGAUCGAGCUCUGUCGGGAGGCUUUCAUUCAUACAUAAACACGCUAUCCGAGUUGUCAAGCUCUUUGAACGUGACCUCAAAAUUCCUCCGUACAUCAGUGCAGCGUAAUUCAUCACACUGCCAUAGGCACAUUCACAUAAGGUGUUUUUGUUGGAAGAGAAACCGCUCGUUUCGCUGGCUGUACUGCGCGUCCCUCUCGGGUUUUCAAGAAAUGGAGGCUGAAGAUGCAGAUUAUCGGUCGAGUGAAAUUCGUGGCUUCGACACGAUUGCAUCAUUUAAUUGCUGGCAAGAAUAACAGAAUGUUUUAAUUGAUCUUAAUGUUUCCAUUAAAGAGAAAUUAUAUAAUUAUCAGCAGAUAUCUUUUAUCUACUCCCUCCUCGCCUCCCGUUAUCUUCUUCACGGGUAAAGGAACUAUCUGCUCAUCCAAAGCGGAUUCUUCUGGACUUUUUGCUUGCUUACAAGAAGAAGCGUCGCAUUUUGCUGCGGUUUCGCCUUUUUAUUUUUUGGAAAACUGAUUAUUAGGAAUGAGAUCUGGAACAGCGAGGGAUGUUUGGACCUUAUUUUGGGGACCUGUGCUGUUUCUCUCCACCAUUUGCCUCUGGUCUGCACAUGGAGAAGUCUGUGGUCCUCACAUUGAUAUCCGCAAUGACAUCAGUGAGUUCAAGAAGCUGGAGAAUUGCACGGUGGUGGAAGGCUACCUGCAGAUCCUUCUCAUUGGAGACAAGAAUAACAACCUCAACCAGGAACACUUUCGCACCCUGUCCUUCCCCAAGCUGACCAUGGUCACCGACUACCUUCUCCUGUUCCGUGUCUCCGGCCUGGACAGCCUGAGCAUUCUCUUCCCCAACCUCACCGUCAUCCGAGGACGCAACCUGUUCUACAACUACGCCCUGGUCAUCUUCGAAAUGACCAGCCUGAAAGAUAUCGGUCUCUACAACCUGAGGAACAUCACCAGAGGGGCCAUCAGAAUCGAAAAGAACCCGGAGCUGUGUUACUUGGACUCAGUGGACUGGUCGCUCAUUAUGGAUGCAGAGUUUAACAACUACAUCAAUGGGAACAAGCAGUCCAAAGAAUGCGGUGAUGUUUGUCCAGGUAUCAUGGAGGAGAGUCCGAAGUGCAUUAAGACCAGCUUCAAUGACAACUACAACUUCCGCUGCUGGACCUCCAGCUACUGCCAGAAGGUGUGUCCAAAGAAGUGUGAGAAGAGGGCAUGCACGGAUGAGGGCGAGUGCUGUCACCCCCAGUGCUUGGGCAGCUGCACUGAACCAGACGAUGAUAAGGCAUGUGCCGCCUGCCAGCAUUACUUUCACGAGGACCGCUGCGUUGAAGCCUGCCCACCGGGCACCUACAAGUUUGAAGGCUGGCGCUGCAUCACCAUGGACAUGUGUGCCCGUGUUCACCUACCCAGUGAGGUCGACUUCGUCAUCCACAACGGAGAGUGUAUGCCAGAGUGCCCGCCCGGAUUCACCCGAAAUGAGACUCAGAGUAUGUUUUGUAGUGCAUGUGACGGACUGUGCGAUAAGGUCUGCGAAACUAAAACAAUCGACUCAGUGGAUGCUGCUCAGUCCCUGCAGGGCUGCACGGUCAUCAAAGGCAACCUGCACAUCAACAUCCGGCGGGGCAAUAACAUUGCAUCAGAGCUGGAGAGUUUCAUGGGCCUGAUCCAGACAGUCACUGGAUAUGUAAAGAUCAAACACUCUCAGACUCUGGGUUCUCUGUCCUUCCUCAAAAGUUUGCGAUACAUUAAUGGAGAAGAGCUCACAGAUCAGUUGUACGCAUUCUAUGCAGUGGACAACCAGAACUUGCAGUACUUGUGGGACUGGAGUCAGCACAAUCUGACCAUUAAAGAAGGAAAACUCUUCUUCCGCUUCAAUCCCAAGCUUUGCAUGUCUGAGAUCCAGAAAAUGUGGGAGAAGACCAGCGUAAAGAAAAAGAUGGAAGAGGACGACGUUCGAAGCAACGGAGAGCGAGCAAGUUGUGAGAGUUAUAUUCUAAAGUUCAAAUCCAACCACACUCAGAGUACUCGGAUAAAGCUCACUUGGGAGCGAUAUCGACCGCCUGACUACAGAGACCUCAUCAGCUUCAUCGUGUAUUACAAGGAGGCACCGUUCCAGAACAUCACAGAAUUUGAUGGACAAGACGGAUGUGGCUCUAAUAGCUGGAACAUGGUGGAUGUGGACCUCCCUCCGGAGAAAUCAACCGACCCCGGGGUAUUUCUGUCCCCUCUUAAACCUUGGACACAAUAUGCCAUCUUUGUGAAAGCUGUCACCCUGGUUGUGGAGGACAAGCAUAUUCCUGGGGCUAAGAGUGAGGUGGUCUACAUCCGCACCAAUGCAUCAGCGCCAUCAAUGCCCCUUGAUGCCCGCGCAUAUGCCAACUCCUCCUCAUCCCUGAUGGUGAAGUGGUCUCCUCCCAUCUCUCCCAACGGGAACAAAACAUUCUACCUACUCCGCUGGCAGCAGCAGGCAGAAGACCGUGAACUGUAUCAGCAUAACUACUGCUCUAAAGAGCUAAAGAUCCCCAUCCGCAUCUCAGCCACUGCUUUGACGGACAUGGAGGGCGACACAAAGCCUACCAAAUCAGAUGUUGGCGGGGGUGAGAAGGGCUGCUGCCCCUGCCCAAAAACCAAUGAGGACCUAAAGGCGGAAGCUGAAGACCGAUCCUACCGCAAAGUCUUUGAGAACUUCCUGCACAACUCCAUCUUCACACCCAGACCUCCAGACAGGAAACGUCGAGACCUGUUCGGAGUGGCCAAUGGCACACUGCUCCAAGGUGCAAGCAGGAACAUCACUGGACUGGAGAGUAACAUCACUGAUCCAGAGCUGCUGGAGAAAGAGUAUCCUUUCUCCGAAGGCAAAGUCCAUACAGAGUUCAUGGAGAUUUCCAACCUGCAGCCCUUCACUGUGUACCGCAUCGACAUCCACGCUUGUAACUACAAGGUCCACCGUUGCAGUGCUGCAGCUUUUGUGUUCUCUAGAACCAAACCAGCAGACAAAGCGGAUGAUAUUCCCGGCACUGUAACUCAGGAGAGGGAUGAGAAAUUAGAAGGAACAGUGGUGCUGCGGUGGCUUGAACCUCAUCACCCUAAUGGACUGAUCCUCAUGUAUGAGAUCAAAUAUCGUCUGGGAACUGAGCAAGAGAAGCAUGAGUGUGUGUCACGGCAGCAGUACAGAGUGCUGCGAGGAGCUCAACUUAGCAAUUUGGCCCCAGGAAAUUAUUCCGCCCGGGUCAGAGCCACCUCUCUGGCUGGGAAUGGGUCUUGGACUGAACCAGUGUCCUUCUACGUGCCACCCCCUAAAAGAAAUUAUGAUAAUGCCUUCUAUCUGGCCAUCAUAAUCCCUAUUAUAGUGCUAUUUUUGCUCAUUGCAGUGAUCACCGGUGUCAUCUUUGUCACCAAAAAGAGGAAUAGUGACCGGUUAGGAAACGGUGUGCUCUAUGCUUCUGUAAACCCUGAAUAUUUCAGUCCUUUUGAAAUGUAUGUACCAGAUGAAUGGGAAGUGGCUCGGGAGAAAAUCACCAUGUGCCGUGAGCUGGGCCAGGGCUCCUUUGGUAUGGUGUACGAGGGCAUCGCAAAGGGCGUCGUCAAAGACGAACCUGAGACCAGAGUGGCCAUCAAGACUGUAAAUGAAUCCGCCAGUAUGCGUGAACGCAUCGAGUUCUUGAACGAAGCUUCAGUUAUGAAGGAGUUCAACUGUCACCAUGUGGUGCGACUUCUGGGUGUGGUUUCACAAGGCCAGCCCACUCUAGUUAUAAUGGAGCUGAUGACACGUGGCGAUCUGAAGAGCUACUUGCGUUCUCUCCGUUCGAAAGAGCAGGGCUCUAGCAGCCAGUCUUUGCCUCCGCUGAAGAAGAUGAUUCAGAUGGCUGGAGAGAUAGCGGACGGGAUGGCAUACCUCAAUGCCAACAAGUUUGUCCAUCGAGACCUGGCUGCCAGGAACUGCAUGGUUGCCGAGGACUUCACAGUUAAAAUCGGAGACUUUGGCAUGACGAGGGAUAUCUACGAGACUGAUUACUAUCGCAAAGGAGGCAAAGGGCUGCUGCCGGUCCGCUGGAUGUCCCCAGAGUCUUUGAAAGAUGGAGUGUUCACAACAAAUUCUGAUGUCUGGUCAUUCGGAGUGGUUUUAUGGGAGAUUGCCACUUUAGCCGAGCAGCCCUACCAGGGCAUGUCCAACGAGCAGGUACUGCGCUUCGUCAUGGAGGGAGGACUGCUGGACAAACCUGACAACUGUCCCGACAUGCUGUUUGAACUGAUGCGGAUGUGCUGGCAGUACAACCCUAAGAUGCGACCGUCUUUUCUGGAGAUCAUCAACAGCAUAAAAGAGGAACUGGAGCCGCCCUUCCGGGAGGUUAGCUUUUUCUACAGUGAGGAGAACAAGCCCCCUGACACAGAGGAACUGGACAUGGAGGUGGAGAACAUGGAGAACGUUCCACUGGAUCCUGCUUCCACAUUGGCCCCCUCCUCUCAGGGGAGCACAGGGGCUCAGACCCAGAGUCAACAGCCGCUCUCCCCAGCUCAGGGGCCCGGGACACCGAUGGGGUCCACCCUAACCCCCUCCACCUCACCGCCUUCCUCCUCAGCCUCUCCGGGCCUGGCCUUAGACAUGCACUCAGGACAGGUAGCAGCAAACGGCCCAGUGGUGCUGCUGGGGCCGGCGUUCGAUGAGACGCAGCCCUACGCGCACAUGAACGGGGGGAGGAAGAACGAGCGAGUGCUGCCACUGCCUCAAUCAUCGGCCUGCUGAUCAUGACUGCUCGGUUUCCCUCUACUCCUCACACAGGGUACCCACAUUUCCCUCGCCCCUUUGUCUACAUGGUCAUAUGUGUUUUUUCUUUCAUUCUCGAGGAGUCAAAACCCAGGGGUGACCGUGGAGUCGGCAACCAGAUGGACAGUGUCCUUCCUGAAAGUCGGUGGAUCAUUUUGUUCAAAUUUUGAAUGAUUGAGGAUGUUUCGGGGCGAUCGGUGACAGAAAAACCUCUUGCAAUAUUUAAGUUUUCAGAGCAAGCCACCACACUAGAGAGCCCUAGCUUUCACUUGUGUGAGGAAAAAAAAACUGUUUUAAUGUUUUCUAAAGGAAGAAAACCUGCCAGUUCAUUUUGAAACAAGAGAGACAAGCAUAUUAGCCAGCAAGCCCAGCCUGUGAACGCUUUCAGGGUGCAUACCAGUGUGUUUCUAUACAAAAAUACACAUUUCCCUCUUCAGCGCAAGUAAAUUUCUUCCUCUAAAACUGUCAUACAUUUCUCUUUCAAGACGGCGCAAGACUUUCUCAGCUGCGAUCGAUUGUUCUCAAUCAGUGAUCGGUCAUGUUACUGGUUGAAUCCACCCUUCUACUUAAUCCAUUUCAAGGGUGUUUGUUAGAAAGUGAGGUGGGCUUUUUUGAAACUGCCAAAUUUUUGCCAAAUCAAAUUUCCUUUUUUCUUUAAAGUUAUUUAUCAUUACAUCACCCCCCCCCCCAUCCACAGCCGAUUUUUCACGGUUGCACUUUGAAGUAGCGCAAUCGAGGGACUAAGCUCUCAUACUGUCUUUGAUGGGGGAUUUCUGGACCUCAUCUUUUACAAUCAGCUUGAGUUUGUAAAUCCUUCCCCUUUCCCCUUUUUAUAUGGAUCUGAUCUCUGACUAUUGCAUGGCAGUUCCUGCUGCACACUCCAUCUGUGAGCUGAGCCUCUGUGAAAGUAAUGUCUCAAGUCAAAAGGAAACAGCACGGCGCAAAGGUGAAGAGAUGCGUGUAUGAAUUAUAAGGGAUCAGCAUGGUUAUGAAGCAAACUGAAUACAGGGGCUUCAUCUGUUUUGACAUCUGUUUCGUGAGAUGAGUGAGGCAUUGUACACAGCAGGUAUUUUUUUUAGACUAGUCAUUAGUCUCUCUGUACAAAUCAUAUGAUUCUGAGAAGGGUCUUACAGUUCUAUGUUAGACCACAAGAUCAUUUACACACAAAUCAUUGGUUUGAGUCACUUUUGAUAACUUUUUUACAGUUCUGAUGUUCACCUCUUUGUCUGUACAGAAAGAAGCUGCUAUUUUUUUUUCUUUUGUGGGUGUUAUAUAUAUAUAUAUAUAUAUAUAUAUAUAUAUAUAUAUAUAUAUAUAUAUAUAUAUAAAAAAGAAAUCCUUCAGGUUUAAUAUUGUAUGAUAUCUCCACUACAGUCCAUUUUCUUAUGCUUUAUACUCUUCUUGCAAAAAAAAAAAAGAAAAAAAUACAAAAAAAGAGAAUAGGAAUUUAUUUUUAUUUUUUCUCCCUAAGAGGUUGUCUGUAUUGCCACAUGUCCAUUGCCUUGUGUUUUAACAAUUCUAUCUAUCUAUUAUUAUUAUUAUUAUUAUUAUUAUUACAACAAACUCUUUAGCACUGCAUGUGAACUUUAGGCACCCUUGAUACAGUUGUCUACCACUGCACCUACUCAUGAGGUGCAGCUCAAUCUCAGGUUAAUGUUACAGUUUUGUUCUCCAAACAUCAUGUUCUCAUCAGCUGAUUCCACCUCAGCUUUUUUAGUUGCUGGUCUCUCCUUGCAGUGUAGUAAACCGUACAGUAUGUCAGUGUCCGUGCUCAUGCCUCCUGCCAGGCAUUGUCAUGGAAUUUUUCAUUUCCAUUUCUUUACCCUUAUAGACUGUUUUUGUAACCCAUUCAUGUAAUUGAAUAGCAACUAACAGGGCUAAUUGGGUUGUCUGUAUCACCUCCAAACGAGAUGCAUUCGUAAUUUCUGUAACCACCUCGAUUUUAUAAAUCCAAGCAAUGAGCACUAAACUUCCUGAUGAAAUAUUCCAUCUGUAACCAAAUAAGAAUCUGUUCAAGCUCAGAAAAGCGAUCGCUUUCUUCAAAGAUUGCUAAAUAAAACAAUAGGUUUCCAUGGCUAGUUGGCUUUAAAAAAAAAAAAGUUUAGUUUUGAAGAAUUUCUCCAUGUGUAUUUGGGAACGAUACCCAGGAAUUAUUUAUCCUGUCUUAGAAGGUUAUUUUCCCCCUUUGAAGGGGUAUUUAUUUAAUUUUCUUUUUUUGUGUGUGUGUGUGUGUGAUACCAGUUGAAAUCACUGUACAAAUGCCCUUAUGAUUUAGUAUAAAGUCUGAUUCUAGAUGCAUUUUCCAUGAUGUCAUGACUGGGGGACUUUCUUUUUUCAUUUCCUUCAGCAUCUAUCUACCUCAUUCUCUUUUACUUUUAAAUGUGUAAGUAUAUGAAAUGAUAAAAUACAUCUCGCUUUUUCUGUAGAGGACACCUUAUCAUCCUCUGUCAUGUCUCUGAUUUAAAAAAGAAAAGAACUCUUUAAGCACCACAAAGUACAAGCUCCCAGGAAUGGAGAGAGUUAUGAUGUGAGCUAAAAUGCCUAUGGGAUUCCUAACGGCGUGUCUAUUGCAUCUCUUAUCACAUGCCUGGCAAUGCAAAAAUCACACUGCUUUUGAUCACACUGCAAUACUUUAUAAAUAAUUGUGUUAAAAUACCUAAUUCACCAGAUGGUUUCAUCAUGAUGGACCUUAAGAGAUAAAACUUAUAAAAGUUAUUUGCUAUCAGUGUUUUCUUUUGCAUUUAAUAUUCUUCUUCUUUGAUCAUCCCUCCUUAUUUGCCCAUCUAAUCAAUAAAACUGCUGCUCAUAAAGGUUUAGGAGAGCAUAUCUUAAGUAAAGAAUUUGUUAAACACAUCUAGCCAUGCAUAUGCUAGCAGAAAAUAUUCUCAUUGAGUAAUGAGUCGGCCUCAAAUAAAACGAUAGUUUUGGUUUCAAAAAGCCACAUCAAGUAUUAUUCAUGAUAUUUACAUUAGAAUAUGUCAUAAAGUGCAGCUGAGCUGUAGAGGAUUGGAUGUAGAACAGAUAAGCCAACAAGAAAGUUUGAGUCCAGAUACAAUGUUGUCAUUGGAAACUGUACAUGAUCUUUAAGUUUCCAUUAGUUUAAAGGAUCUUAUUUUUUUUUAGUAAAAACUCAUUUUCAGCAUCAAUGGAGAUCAUGGCCCUGGACUUCCUGUUUCCCAGCAUGACUUUUCUAGACAACACUGACCAACAAUGUCGGUCUCCUACAUAUGUCAAUAGCCUAUAACUGAGGAUGACUUUAAUACAUACUGAUAUUUAUAACCUUCUCUUUUCCUGCAGUCUAUUUGGCCAAAGCAUCUAAUGAUUGAAUGCAUACAACACUUUCUCACAACAAACCAGUGGAUUUUUUUCCCUUCUCAUAAACCUACCUGGAAAAAAGAUUCCAACUCCACAUAGUGAGUACAAUAUAUAAAGGGCCAAUUGUUGUCACCGUAUUCAUCGACAUUAUUCUCUAGCGGGAGAAAGGGCUGUGGUUUUGCCUCUCUUUUCUACUGCUGCUGACAACAUGCUGCUUUACAGAGACUACAAAUAGUCUUGCCAGUAGCAUUAGGUGGGUGGUUGAUCUAAGCAACAUACUUUCUCUCUCAAACAACCGUUAAAAAAAAAAAGAUGGGCCAGACGAUUAAAUUGCAAAGAGGAUUCAGAGAAAGUCACGGUCGUACAACCCCUGGCUGUUCUGUUUCAUGGCACUUAAAACAUUCUUUGACUUUAGAUUGUGGAUCUUUUGAACUCCCAGGGGUUGGCGUUUGUUGGAAGAGACCUGGUCGGGAUGCUGAGAGGCACAUUGUUAGAAAAGAAUAUUAUUCUGUGUGGUACAAGAAGAUCGAAAUAACCAUUCUGUAAAAGCCCUUGUGCUUGUAUUGUUGCGUAUGUAUAUGGGUGGGAGUGUAUCACAUGUAGAUGUAGUGAUUAAGAUUUUGAUGUGUUUAUAAUGGGAAAAUAAUAGAUAUCACUAUUUAUUUCUGCUUCUUUUUUUUCUUUCUGUAAUGAAUAUGGACAAAAGCAUUGGCUUGUUGCAAAGUGAAUGUCAGUUUUCAUUGAAUGCUGCCAAGUUUCCUUAGUUACAGUUCUACAGAAACACACAUACACAAAUAGGACAGCGAUGUCCAGUAGAUUACGGGUAGUCAUGACACAGAGAGAGAGAACAUGACUAGAAUUUAAAAUAAAAAGAGACAAGUUUACAGUAGAAAUAGCUUAUGUUGCAAUGAAAGUUUUCUGCAAACCUGAAGGUAGAUUGACUGAAAGAUUUUUUUCCUCCACUAUCAUGAGAACUAUUAUAAUUUUAUUAUAUUUCUUCAUAAUGCAAAACCUCAGGUUUAGAAAAGAUGCAUGUAUGCAUUUUAAUUGCAAUAAUGAGCUUGAGGUUUCACAGACAUCAUUUCCCAGGCACUGUUGUUUCUGCUUGGCAUUCCGACAAAUUUCAAAAGGGGCCUUGAACUACUGUACUGAAGAGUUUAAUAACACUUUAUUUUCCUUUCACACAAAAAAAAGAAAAGAAAAAGAAAAAAAAAGGAGAAAAAAUGAAGAAAACAAAUCUCUGUGUCAUUGCAUUGAUUGGUAGAAACUGAUGGUGAAACGGCUUGGCUGGUACUCUCGUCUUCUUGUAAGUUAUGUAUCUAAGGCCUCCUGUUUUUCAGUUUUCUCCUCACCUCCAGUUGAGAUGGUAGACUUUUUACAUGCCAUUGGCUUAAUGUAUAUCUGAAGAAUUUUCAUGUAUUUUCUUUUUUUCUUAAAUUUUGAAUUAAAAAAAUGAAUGAGUCUGAA